GAGCGACUUCCUUCUCUGUCAAGGGCACCGAAAAUUGCACUAACCCGAGCAGAGGCUGGCUGCACGUGUAACUGUUAAACAGCCUAAUAAAGUGUUUGUCUUUAAUCAGACAUAAGUAGAAAUGGACGGCUUCGGCUCAGACUUCUCAGCAGGAGGUUCCGGCGGUAAAAUAGACACCGGAACCAUCAUGGAGCAGGUUAAGGUCCAGAUAGCAGUGGCUAACGCUCAGGAGCUUUUGCAGAGAAUGACUGAUAAAUGCUUCAAGAAGUGCAUAGGAAAGCCUGGUAGCUCAUUGGACAACUCUGAACAGAAAUGCAUUGCCAUGUGUAUGGACAGAUAUAUGGACGCCUGGAACACUGUCUCCCGAACGUACAACUCCAGGUUGCAGAGAGAACGAGCUCGCAUGUGAAGUUGGGCGGGGAAACAAACUCUCUACCUUCUUCACUUAUUUCGGGUGGCUGCUGCUUUAAAUGAGGACCAGCAUAAUCCAGCACUGGAGGUCCCCCGUUGGGGAAAACGUCAGCAGCGCAACAUACCCCUCUGUCAUUAUCAUUGGCAGGGGUGGCACCUGGACUCCUAUCCACAACGAUCACUGUGGACAUUUUUACUCCUGAGGAAAAGGUCGCCUAUUCAGUUGAAACGUUCCCAUGUAAUAAAUGUAGUAACUCGCAGUGCAAAGUGUUAUGUUUAACUGUUAAACAAUCUGACUCAACAAAAAAUGCUUUACAUGCUAACAAGGGUGCGUGGGAGGAAAAAUGGAAGAAAUCAAAGCCCUGUAUGUGGAGUUCUCCAUCAGCUCUCCAUCUUCACUGUAAAAUAAAGAAAACCUCUCCUAGAACUAAAGUAUACAUUUAUACCCUCUCAUUUAUUAUCCAAAUCGAUGCAUUUUUUUUAUUUUUAUUGAUUCCACUUCUAGAUGAGGCUUGUUGCUGCAGAACAUGACCCUCCUUUGCUCAGACGCUCACAAAUCUUUGGCUUAAAGUCUUAGGUUGGCUGACAGUUGAUGUGUUAAUGCUCUUGGAUAAAGCUUGCCCCUACUGUUAACUCUUGCCAAUACCUGGAGGGAAAGAUCUCUUCCUUGGAAUAUCUCUAUGUCAUUGGGUGCUAUUAGCUUAUAGGUAAACAUAGAACUUAUUAAAUAUCUUCUAGUUAUAAAUACACAACAUUGACAUUUUGGAAAUAUUAGCUGUAACUUCUAAUGAACGAGGUGCCUUUUAAGUUUCUUAGUUGACAUUUUUAGCCUUCUAGUCAGCCUAUAUCAAGCUACAGCUGAAGAACAAAACAGUUUUGUCUGACAUGUUUCCUAUGUGUUAUUCUAUCUGCUACCCGCCCACAGUGGUGGACUUGUUUCAGCCAGGGUCUGACGUGGGUAGGAGACGGCACCGUUCUCAGUUUUGGGAGUAAAUGGUCAUGCAAUGAGGACAAACCCCCCAACUCCACCGCCGCACUCACAUUUUAGAGGAUGAAAAACUGUAAACAUCGACUGCAUAGUGAUUGUGUGCAUAAUUGGGUAAACAAAAUCAAAAAUUCUACAUGUAUCCUAUUAAACAUGAUCAAA